AUGGUUAUUCCAGGCAUAUUUACAAUUAUUUCUAUAAUUUUAAAUAUUACUUUAAUUUAUGUUUCAAUUCGAAAAAUUUCAAUGGAAAGAAUUUGCAAUUUAUUAAUUCUUUUCGAUGCUUUUUGUCUAAUUUUGGCUGUUUCUCCUUUUGGUUUAAAUUUUUUAGCUUUAAUUUUAAAUUUUGUAUCAAUUGAUUGGCGUGUUUGUUUUUAUUUUCAUUUAAUUUCAACAAUUGGUUCGUAUUCCUCUUUUUUGGCUAUUUAUUUUAUUUCGUUGGAAAGAGCUUUAAUUAUAUUUUUUCCAACAAAGUUUGUGGUUUUAAUUUAA